AGCAGAUGAAGAAGAACAAAGAAUGCUUCUCGUGGCCUAAUCAUGCUCAUUCGAUGCGAUAUUCGGCCAUGAUUCUGUUCUUCAGCUUCCAUGGAACAACGGCUGUGCCCCACUAGCACGGUCCUGACAACUCCUGACGUCACUCAAGUUCAAACACUUGCACGUCGCCGCCACCGCCGCCGCCACCGUCACACUUGGUGCACAUUCGGCAACUGUGUUUGUGUCUUCUGCCUCGCUCAAAUCCUAACUGGCAGUGCUGUCAUCACGUCACGCUUCAUCCAUGUGUACCCUUCGUGCGAGUUCCCGUCCUGCUACAAUUUCAAGUCUGUACUCGCACGAUCCUUGAACUUGAGUCAAAGCCCCUGCGACAACUUCUACCAUUUCGUCUGCGACGGCUGGAAAGCGGAAAGUCCUCCGCACUGGAUAAUCUUUUCCGAGCUCCAAUCCCGGGUAGCCAGUUCUGCCAUCAAUACUCUUCUGCGCGUACGACGUGUUCCAGCUCGAAGACAAACGGCUAUACAGAAGGCAGCAGCCAUGUUCAGGACUUGCAUUCAAGUCCUGUACCCGUAUCAUGACCGCACGGCGAACCUCAAGAACUUCCUCAAGACUAUAGGGUUGCUGAACGUGAACAGAGAUAACGUUGACGUCUUCGACAUUACAUUUGACCUUUCCCUCAACUGGAACAUCGCCGUUUUCUUCUACAUCGUCUCGGACAGAGACACAAAAGACACACAACUGCGCACGCUUCACUUUCGGAGGAAUCGUCAGCUCAUGGAAUGGUUCCUCCGCAGGAGCCGCAUGGAUGGGCGGACUUUGCACAGGGCUAUUCUUUCUACUUCUCAGCUUAUCGGCCAGGAGAUCAACCCAGAGUCGCUUAUAUUCAUGGAAAAUUAUCUCAUUACGACGCUCAGUGCCAUGAGUCACUCGUCAAAUGUUGUCAUGGACGUCAAGUUGUCUGACCUGGACGCAUUUACCCCUCCCUUGCCAUGGGUAGAAUGGGCAGAGGUUAUGAACCGUCACCUGCCUGAAAAAUCUCAAAUAAGCGGGAACGAUAUUAUACAGAUAACAGACAUGGAGUACUUCCGGAGCGUCGCUGACGUCAUUAUCGACGACAGAAGGAAGCACCACAACCUCGUGCACUUCGUCGUCUGGUACCUUGUGCAGUAUCUAGGCAUAUUCACCUCGCUCCCUCUGGUGGAACCCGCAUUCAAUACUCUUAACGAGGCCAGGAACUACGUAUUCGCGCGAUGCUACGAAGAAGUCAACUAUAUUAUGCCGUACGCUUUUGGCGCCCCUUUCGCUGUCCAGGCAGUUCCACCAGACACGCGGAAAGAAGUCCGCAACAUGGUCCAGAAGGUCAAGGACGCCCUGGAGGAAUCGUUCCGGGAAAGCAGUUGGAUGGACAAUGCGACAAAACAGAUCGCUAUUUUUAAGCUGCACUCCAUGAAAGUCGUCGUCGCCUAUCCCGACUACGUUCUGGACGGCUUAGACCAAUUGUACUCCAGUGUUCCAGAUGCAGGACCUGUCUUUCUGGAAUCACGCCUCAAGACCUGGUUUAUUUAUAGGAAGAUAGAAAAGGACAAGUUGUUCAAGAGAAUUCCCAGCGAUCGUCUUUUCUUGGAUUUCAGGCUAACGGACGUCAAUGCCUUUUAUCAGCCGGGCUUAAACGUGAUGAUUAUUCCGGCGGGAAUAAUCAACCCGCCUUUUUACCAGGCAAGACACCCAGUGAGCGCAAACUUCGGGGGCUUAGGUCACGUCGUGGCCCACGAAAUCGUGCAUGGUUUUGACGUCGAGUCAAGUCUCAGGGACGCGAGAGGAGACGUUCGAGACUGGUGGACCUCCGAGACCCGGCUCCAGUACGAGGAUCGCGUUCGUUGUCUCAAGGAGAUGUACGAGAAGACGCGGUAUUCCGUCAACCGACAGGAAGGGUCUGAGUCUGAGAACAUCGCGGAUUUUGUGGGACUGGCACAAGCUCAUAAGGCAUACAGGAGCAUGGUAAAGAAGGGCAGGGGUGGAAGUAUUCUGAAGGGGUUGACGGCAAACCAAGCCUUCUACGUAGUCAGCUGCUUCAAGUGGUGCUCGAACCGUAUGGAACCGGGACGUGGAUAUUCGGCGGACGAGUUGAGGUGCAACGUACCCCUCAAGAAUAUUCCAGAUUUCGCCAAGGAGUUCCGUUGCAAGAAGAAUGAUCCGAUGAACCCUAUGCAAAAAUGCAACUUCUGGUAACAGAUACAUAUGUGUUCAUGUGGUUUUUUACCACGCAAUGUGGAUACGCAAUACAAUUUGGAUAUAAAC